GAUACCAAGAACCAUUGAUUGUACACUGGUAUGUGAAUAUCUCAAUAAAAUUGCAUUAAAAAAAGAGAGACUAGCUCAAGGCCAAUGCCUAGGAGCCACACUGAUCCUUUUUGUGCAUGUUUCUUAUCUUGGGCCUGCAAGUGUGGCCCUGGGAAUUCCCCUGUUUAUGUGGAGCAUGCCCCCUCUUGUCCAGAAAUAGUUUCCUCACAGUCUCAUGCACUGCACUGUUUGUCCUACAGCCAGCAAUCCCUCGCCAAAGGGAGCCACUUGACUUCUCUCCCACUGCGCCAGUGAGGGGCAGGUGAGGGGCCAGUCAGGGCGCCAGGUGAGCCUGCUGCUUUUUAAGUAUGCUUUUUCUUUAUUCGGUGCUUGCCCUGAUACUACAGUCCUUUAACUGUUCUCUGGGCAGUUAGAAUAUAGAAUAGCUAGAAGGAAAGAUGUUUCUGCCAGUUUUUGCUGGUUGUUCAAAGCUUCGGGCAUAGGGCUGCAGGGGCGGAUGGAACCCUGAAGCAUUUCACUCAGCCAUCCUGAUCGGGCUUCCUAUCAUUUUUAAGUUGCCUUUUUCAGUGCUCACCCAGUUACUGCUACCCUUUAAGUGUUUUCCAGUACUCUGCAAAACACGGUUCUACCUGGUUUUGCUUGUUGUUCAAAAGUUUCAUCAGGGGAAUGGAACCCUGGAGCAUCUCACUUCUUCAUCUUGGUGUCAUUGCUAUAGCCUUUAUUUUUGGAUAGAUGUUUCCUUUUUAGAAAACUUGAUCUAUUUAAUGAUCACCCACCAUGUGUCAGGUCUUCUGCUAAAGACACACAGCUUCCUGCCUUCUGGGAGCUUAUUAGGAAUAAAUAGCCAAUCCCAACUGUCCCAGCUGUGUCAGGGGAGGACCUGGCACCAUGAAAAUGUCUGACAUGGGCUCGGGGAUGGCUCCCGUGGAAAUGACAGUGCGCCGAGACCUGUUGGGUCAGCAGUAGCUAGCCAGGCAAGAGGUUGGGCAGAAAAUGUCCCCUAAAGGGCUGGGGACAGGGGGUUCCUCUUACAAGAUGGGGAGACUGCAGGCUCCAGUCAAGGAAAAAGGACGCCGAAAGCAAGUGUUCUCUUUUGUGUCAUCUUGCUUUCUGGAUGUCCUUCUCACAAGAAUGGUUGCUGGGUUGCUGUGAGUCGAGCAAUCACAGCUGAAUGCUGGCUUUCUCAGAACCCUGUGGAACAGGAACCAGGACCUGGGUAAGUGCUGGUGCUGGGUCGGCAACACGCAGAACCGUCAAGCCGGCAAGUAUAUAAUCCUUGCCACGAGGCUGUGAGGCAAGCGCUAGUAUUUCCUUCUGCAGAUGAGGAAAUUGAGGCCAAGUAAGUUUCCCAAGGGCACAGGGCUAAGAAAUUACAGAAGUCGAGUUCAGACUCUCGAGAAAAGCCCGAGCUCUUUCCACCCUCCUCUCAACUCUGUUAUCCCCCUGCGGUGCAGCUUCACACCCCUUCUGUCUUCCUGGCCUUUAUCUGAGCAGCCUCCCCCACCCAACACCUGCCCCCAGAUUGCCUUUCUCCUGAAGCACUUCCUCCUAUUUGCAAUGCUGUGUUCCGGGGAAGAUGGUCCGUUAGAAGGGAACAAGAUAAAGAGAUUUGAUGUCACAUACUUCACAGCCCUGAUGGAUAUAUUCUCCAAAUCCUCUUCCUUCUUCACACCUUACUCUUUUAAAAUAUUGUAUUCUUCUUUUUAUAUUUUUCAAAUUUCUUUUGUUUUCUAAGGCUGUUCAGUAGUUUUAAGUUUCUGCUGUUUGUUGUGUCUGCUGGGUCUGGAUCAGGAGUGAAUUUUCUUAUUUGUGUUUUGUUAAUUUUGGAAAAGGAGCUCAUGUUCAGUCAGGCUUUGUGGGUGGGAAUCUGACUGGCCUUGUUUGAAGGUGUUUUGUUUUGGCUCUAGCCUUACAACCUGGAGAUGUCCCCAGCCUGUGAUCACUUUCUACAUAAAAUUUCUUAGUUUGGGGGUUUAGGUCAUCAGAGGAGUGUGUAUUCAAAGUCCAAACCUGUUUGUAGACAGCCCCAUAGUUACAGAUUCUCACAGAGACUAUUUUAUAUUCCAUGCCCAGUCCAGGAAAAACAAAUUCUUUUGCUAGUGGGCUGCUUUUUUCUAGUCCAUCCUUUCAUUGAGGGGGUAGCACAUUGAAGAGUGUUGCAUUAAAGGGUGGAGAGCGUCUUAGUUCCAAGCUUUUUUCUUGCAACCUUCCAACCUCAGCUGCUGUCGGCCUUUGGACGGGCCCGGCUCUGAGGGGAGCCAGAGAGCUUCCGGAAGGCACGCAGACAUGUCCCUGGAUGACAUCAAGAUGAGAUCUGCUGACUUCCUGGAGAAGCAGCACAUUGACAGCGGGGGCUUCGGAAAGGUGUCUUUGUGUUUGCACCGAAACCAUGGCCUCGUGGUCCUGAAGAACGUGUACACGGGACCCAAGCGCAUCGAGUACAACGAGUCCCUGCUCGAGGAGGGGAAGAUGAUGCACAGACUGAAACACAAACGGGUGGUGAAGCUCCUGGGCUUCGUCAUGGAGGACGGGAUCUACUCUCUAGUGAUGGAGUACAUGGAGAAGGGCAACCUGAUGCAGGUGCUGAAGGCCGAGAUCAGCAUCCCACUUUCUGUGAAAGGAAGGAUGAUUCUGGAGACCAUUGAAGGGAUGCUCUACUUACAUGGAGAAAGUGUGAUCCAUAAGGACCUGAAGCCUGAAAAUAUCCUCGUUGAUAAUGAUUUUCACAUUAAGAUAGCCGAUCUUGGCGUUGCUUCCUUUAAGACGUGGAGUAAACUGACUAAAGAGGCACAUAAUGAGCAGAGGAAAGUGACUGGAAACUCUAAGAGAACCGGUGGCACCCUCUGCUACCUUGCCCCUGAGCACCUGAAUGAUGUCAACGCAAAGCCCACGGAGAAGUCAGACGUAUACAGCUUUGCCAUAGUACUCUGGGCAAUUUUUGCUAAUAAGGAACCAUAUGAAAAUGCUAUCAAUGAGCAGCAGCUGAUAGUGUGCAUUAAAUCUGGGAACAGACCCAAUGUGGACGAGAUCAUCGAGCACUGCCCAAGGGAGAUCAUCAGCCUCAUGAAGCACUGCUGGGAGGCAGAUCCGGGAGCCCGGCCAACGUUUACUGGCAUUGAAGAAAAAUUUAAGCCUUUUUAUAUAAAACAAUUAGAAGAAAAUGUAGAAGAGGAUGUGAAGAAUUUAAAGGAAGAGUAUCCAGAACACAAUGCAUACAUGAAGAGAAUGCAGUCUCUCCAAACAGAUUGUGUAGCGUUACCUCCUAGCAGAUCAAAUUCAGCCACAGAACAGCCCGGCUCUCUGCACAGCUCACAGGGACUCGGUACGGGUCCCGUGGAGGAGUCCUGGUUUGCUCCCUCUGAGUACCAGCCAGAGGAGAGUGAGCGCAGCCUGCAGAGCAAACUCCAGGAGGAAGCCAACUACCAUCUUCAUGGCAGCCGCAUGGACAGGCAGGUGAAACAGCCACCCAGGCAGAAGGUGGCUUAUAGUAGAGAGGAGGAAAGGAGACAAAGGGUUUCCCAUGACCCUUUUGCACAGAGACCUUACGAGAAAGUUCAGAACCCAGAUGUCAGAGGCUUUGCUUAUCCCAGUGCAGCCAGCCGUGGGCACACGUUGCAACAGCCUGCAGGGCUCACGAGCCAACCCCAAGUGCCGUAUUGGAACAAUGGGGUAUAUACUCCGCUGGGUUUUGGAGCAAGAUCGUUGGAUCCAGGAACGGCAGGUACAAGAGUUUGGUAUGGGCCAAAUCCAAGCCUGCACUCAACUCCAGUGCCUGAGACCAACCUCCUUGGAAACACACCCACCAUGCCCUUCAGCAGCUUGCCACAAAUAGAUGAUUCUGUAAGAUAUACCAUAUACAAUAGUAGGGGUGUUCAGAUCGGAGACUUCAAUAACAUGGCAGUCGGGGGAGUGAGUGCAUCUCUACUGGACAGCACAUACACGAACUUUCAUGAAGAGCCAGCCUCUAAGUAUCAAGAUAUCUUUGAUAAUACCACUAGUCUGACUGUUAAACACCUGGACCCAGUCAGGGAAAAUCUGGGAAGGCACUGGAAAAAAUGUGCCCGUAAACUGGGCUUCACUGAACCUCAGAUUGAUGAAAUUGACCAUGACUAUGAGCGAGAUGGACUAAAAGAAAAGGUUUACCAGAUGCUCCAAAAGUGGCUGAUGAGGGAAGGCAAUAAGGGGGCCACAGUGGGAAAGCUGGCCCGUGCACUCUACCAGUGUUCCAGAAUAGACCUGCUGAACUUUUUGGUGUAUGUCAGCCAGAAUUAGCUCUACAAGGGGCUUUGGCAGCAUGAUGUAAACUCCUCACUUAGUGAGUAACUCACUGGAAACUGUGCUGCCUCAGAGAGAUCAGAAUUCUUUCCUCAGUGAAAUGGUUUCCAUGCCUGCACAAAGAUCAUUUCCUGCAUUUCAUAGCUGAAGAAUGGGGGAAAAUAUCUGCAGCAAACAAGCCACCUUCAGGCAAGUAUAAGCAGGAAGACCUAUCAAUGCCCCAGGACCAAUCAAAACAGAAGCUUAAUUGGUUUUUGAAAUGGAGAGAAGAGAUAUUUGAGGAAGAUAAUUCUCCUUUAGUUCAUGCCAUAACCUUCCAUUAUGCUAUUCAUUCAGUUUCCUGGAGUUUUGUUUGAGCUAGAGAAAAAAAAAAAAAAAAAAAUCCAGAGAACACAAAGUAAAUUGACUUUCUUAUUUUGUGUUCCCUUCUUCAUAUAAGCUCCUGAUGU